AUGGGGCCGCGCGAGCCGCGGCGGCGGCUGGAGGCGGUGCUGGGCGCGCUCUACGACCUGGGUGAGGAGCCCCAUGCUCGGAACACUGCAGAGAAGAGCAAGGUGAUUGUGGCGGAGGAGGAGGAUGAGACGAGCCAGGGGCCGCAGCGGGCGGAAGGCAGGCGGCGUGCAGCCCGCGACUUCUUCGGGGAGCUGCGAGCUGAGCUGGGCACCCCUGUCCCUGCCCCAACAGCCCCCGCUGCCUCACCUGCUGUGGAGGUGGUUGUGUUUCAUGGGAGGAAGAGGAAGGGGCAGCCUAGCCCCUCUGCAGUGCCUGCCAGCCGUGCCCAGACCAAAAUAGUGGAUGAAGCGAAAAAUGCGAACGAACAAGAAUUUAACUUUGAAAAAGCUCGUCUGGAGGUGCACAAGUUUGGAAUCACUGGCUACAAGAAGGAGGAUCAACGUGAAUGGGAACAGGAGCGUGCUAUCAUGCUGGGAGCCAAACCCCCCAAAAAGGAACAUAUGAACUACAAGACUUACCAAGAGAAAAUGAAAGAGAAAAAAGCAGCAAAGAAUGAUGAUAAGGGCAAGGAACAUAAAGGCGAUUCUCUUCACAAGAAGAAGAAGAAAGAACAGAAAGAGAGGAAGGCCAAAAGGAAGAAAUCCGUGCCUAGCAUUUGGCCUGCAGGACAAGUUGGAAAAUUCAGAGAUGGAACCUUGAUUCUGCAAAGCUAUGACAUCAAGAAAAUUAAAUCUUCUAAAAUUACCAAAUGA